UCUCCAGGGCCGGAGGCCGGAUGGCGCCGGGCGACGCCAGUUGCAGGAUUAGCGGGGCUCGGGCCCGGCUCCCGGGUCUUCUGAGGCGCGGGAGGCGGCCACGGCCUGUCCGAGGUCUUUGGCUUCCGCCUCGGCGUCUUUCUCUGUCUGCCUCCGUCCGCCUCACGCCUGGGCGGGGCUCCCCACUCUUCGGGCGGCGGGGGCCGUGCUGCCGUGCACGUGGCGGAGCCGGGAGCGCGCGGCGCCUCGACUCGCUUGCGCACGGCCCGGUGGCGAGCGGAGCUGGUUCCUCGCGGCUGGAGGGACGGGCGGUCGCGCGCCUGAGGCUGCUGCCGGUGCUCUUCCAGCGGCGGCAUCCUGUGACUAGCAGAAAGGAAUGGCAACUCCUCCUUCUCUUCGCCGCCCCUCCUGAGAUCCAGGGACCCUACAGGAACUUGCAGAGGAGGUUAUGGUGCUCUCACUUUGCCCUCUGAGCCCCAAGGAGAAGGAGAAAGGCUAACGAGGAGGGUACUUGCAGUCGCUUGUUGUCAUCUGCCCAGCCAGCCAUGAGCCGCUCAAAAGUUGCCUCCGACCUCCACCAUGUGGUUGCCACGGCCUUUGAGGGGCCGGAGCAGGAUGGCCUGGGCCCUGCGUCGCCCACGUUUGGGGUGCAGGAGGAGGAGGAGAAGGACCUGAGUAAGGCGCUGCGAGUGGAGCGUUUUGAGGAGAUUCUGCAGGACUCGCACCCGCGCAGCGUGGAAGAGGCUGGCCGGAGCUACAGCGAGGAGGACUUUGAGUACCAUCGCCAGUCAUCCCGCCACAUUCACCACCCGCUUUCCAGCCACCUCCCCUCUGAUGCCCGGCGGAAGAAGGCAGGUGCCAAGAAGGUGCAGAAGCAGCUGCGGCCUCGACCCUCCGUCCCGGGGGAGACGCCGACCAUCGAAGAGGAGGAGGAGGAGGAGGAGGAGGAGGAGGACGGGGAGGAGGAGGAGGAUGGGGAGCGCGACACUGAGGUGGAGCAAGCCCCACCCAAGGACGUGCUGCACAGUGGCUCUCCGGAGGGUGUGCAGUUCUUCUUGCAUGAGGAUGAGGCCACGGACCGGCGGACAGAGGGGCCGACAUCCUCAGUGCUGCCCCUCAGCUCCCCACCUUCCAAGGGGGAAAAAGCAAGCAACGCAGAAGCCAAGGAGCCGGCUGGCGAUGGCACAGAGGGGCCCAGCAUGGCAGAGGGGGACUCCUCCGGGAGGGCACUCUCCAAGUUGCAGCCUGGGCACCGCAGCUACAACCUCAAUGAGCGCCGGCGGAUUGGCAGCAUGACAGGCAUUGAGCAGGCCUGCUACCAGAAGGUGCCCACGGAUGAGUCAGAGGCCCAGACUCUGGCCUCGGCGGAUCUGGACUACAUGAAAAGCCAUAGGUUUGAGGAUGUGCCGGGAUUCCGCAGGCAUCUCGUUCGGAAGAGCUCCAAGGGGCAAGUGGUACACAUCGGCAAAGACCGCAAGGAGCCCAGUGCCCGACAACGCAAGCAGGACCGGCAGCCCCACGAGGUGUUUGUGGAGCUGAACGAGCUGAUUGUGGACAAGAACCAGGAGAUGCAAUGGAAAGAGACAGCUCGCUGGAUCAAGUUUGAGGAGGACGUGGAGGAGGAGACAGACCGCUGGGGCAAGCCACACGUGGCCUCGCUGUCCUUCCGCAGCUUGCUGGAGCUACGCAGGACCUUGUCCCACGGGGCUGUCCUCCUCGACCUGGACCAGAAGACUCUGCCAGGGGUGGCACAUCAGGUGGUGGAGCAAAUGAUCAUUUCUGACCAGAUCCGGGCCGAGGACCGGGCCAACGUGUUGCGGGCCUUGCUGCUGAAGCACAGCCACCCCUCAGACGAGAAGGAGUUCUCCUUCCCCCGCAACAUCUCUGCCGGCUCUUUGGGCUCCCUGCUGGGCCACCACCACAGCGCCAACCACGUCGGGGAGGGGGCAGAGCCCACGGUGACCGAUCCGCUCAUUGGGGGCCAUGCUGGGGAGCAUGAGACCAGGGUGGACAUCGAGAAGGAGCGGGAAGUCGUUUCCCCCACGCUCCCGGGCGCCAUCACACGGUCGAAGUCGAAGCACGAGCUGAAGCUGCUGGAGAAGAUCCCAGACAACGCGGAGGCCACUGUGGUGCUUGUGGGCAGCGUAGAGUUCCUGGACCAGCCCACCAUGGCGUUUGUGCGGCUGCAGGAGGCCGCCCAGCUGGAUGCCGUCCUGGAGGUGCCCAUCCCGGUCCGUUUCCUCUUUGUGCUGCUGGGCCCAAGCAGCGCCAACAUGGACUACCACGAGAUCGGGCGCUCCAUCUCCACCCUCAUGUCUGACAAGCAAUUCCACGAGGCUGCCUACCUGGCCGACGACCGGCACGACCUGCUUAACGCCAUCAAUGAGUUCCUGGACUGCAGCGUGGUCCUGCCGCCAUCAGAGGUGCAGGGCGAGGAGCUGCUGCGAAGCGUGGCCCACUUCCAGCGCGAGAUGCUGCGGCGCAGAGAGGAGCAGGAGCGGCGCCUCCUUCUGGGGGCGGCCCUGGAGCCCAAGUCCCCAGAGGAGAAAGCACUGCUAAAACUGAAGGUGGAGGAGGAGGAGGCUGACCCCCUCCAGCGCACGGGCCGCCCUUUCGGGGGGCUGGUCAAGGAUGUCUGUCGGCGUUACCCCAAAUACCUCAGCGACUUCCGGGAUGCGCUGGACCCGCAGUGUGUGGCUGCUGUGAUUUUCAUCUACUUUGCCGCCCUGUCACCUGCCAUCACCUUUGGAGGGCUGCUGGGUGAGAAGACCCAGGGGCUGAUCGGGGUCUCGGAGCUGAUCAUCUCCACCUCGGUCCAGGGCAUCUUCUUCUGCCUGCUGGGUGCUCAGCCACUCCUUGUCAUCGGCUUCUCGGGGCCCCUCCUCGUUUUUGAGGAGGCCUUUUUCUUAUUCUGCACAUCCCAGGGCCUGGAUUACCUUGUGGGCCGCGUCUGGAUUGGCUUCUGGCUCGUCCUGAUUGUGCUGAUCAUGGUGGCCUUCGAGGGCAGCUUCCUGGUCCGCUUCGUCUCCCGCUUCACCCAGGAGAUCUUUGCCUUCCUCAUCUCCCUCAUCUUCAUCUACGAGACUUUCUACAAGCUGGUCAAGAUCUUCCAAGAGCACCCACUCCACGGCUGCAGGAAAGCAAAUGGCAGCAGCAGCAGCAGCAGCAUAGCCCUGGAUGGAAACACUACCCUGGUGCUGGGCAACGGGACGGCCAGCCGGGCCUCUUCCAGAGUGACAGGCCAGCCCAACACGGCACUGCUCUCACUGGUGCUCAUGGCGGGCACGUUCUUCAUCGCCUUCUUCCUGCGCAAGUUCAAGAACAGCCGCUUCUUCCCCGGCCGGGUUCGGCGGGUGAUUGGCGACUUUGGGGUGCCCAUUGCCAUCCUCAUCAUGGUGCUGGUGGACUAUAGCAUCCAGGACACCUACACUCAGAAGCUUUCGGUGCCCCACGGCUUCUCUGUCACAGACCCUCAGAAGCGGGGCUGGGUGAUCAACCCGCUGGGCGAGAGCCAACCCUUCCCUGUCUGGAUGAUGGUGGCUAGUGGCCUUCCUGCCGUGCUGGUCUUCAUUCUCAUCUUCAUGGAAACGCAGAUCACAACGCUGAUCAUCAGCAAGAAGGAGCGGAAGCUGCAGAAGGGCUCCGGCUUCCACCUUGACCUGCUGCUCAUCGUGGCCAUGGGGGGCUUCUGCGCUCUCUUUGGGCUGCCCUGGUUGGCGGCCGCCACAGUCCGCUCGGUCACUCAUGCCAACUCCCUCACGGUCAUGAGCAAGGCUGUGGCACCUGGGGACAAGCCCAAAAUCCAGGAGGUGAAGGAGCAGCGGGUGACCGGGCUGCUGGUGGCCGUUUUCGUGGGCUUGUCCAUCGUGAUCGGGGACCUUCUGCGCAAGAUCCCCCUGGCUGUCCUGUUUGGGAUCUUCCUCUACAUGGGCGUCACCUCCCUGAAUGGGAUCCAGUUCUACGAGCGCCUCCACCUGCUCCUCAUGCCCCCCAAGCACCACCCCGAUGUGCCCUACGUCAAGAAGGUGCGGACCCUGCGCAUGCACCUCUUCACCCUCUUGCAGCUGGGCUGCCUGGCCGUCCUCUGGGCAGUCAUGUCGACCGUCGCCUCGCUGGCCUUCCCCUUCAUCCUCAUCCUCACCGUGCCACUCCGGAUGUGCCUGCUCAGCCGCAUCUUCACGGAGCGAGAGAUGAAGUGUCUGGAUGCGGCCGAGGCUGAGCCGAUCUUGGACGAGCGGGAAGGUGUAGACGAAUACAACGAGAUGCCCAUGCCUGUCUGAGGGCUUGUUUCCUGUGUUCCUGCUACAAAGUCAUGUCCGUAACCCAUUGCAGCCCCCACAAGCCUGAUCCAGCAGGCCCUUAUAUUCUCUCCUGUUGCAUACAUGCGCCACCCAAGACAGCCUCGGAGGGGGGCCACCCACAACAUACCAAUACACGCAAGAGUGACGCAUGGUGGUGCCAACACCAGAUGCCAGCCAAGAGGGUUCAGCCUUUAAGAUGAGUGCAAGUGGAGCGUUUUGGCCAUGCUCAGGGACUGCCCAUUCAUUCAUCCAAAAGUUGGAUGGAGUAACAGCCAACAAAAGUAGCCCCUGGAGUCCUUUCAUCUCAGAGAUGCUAUCCUGAGAUCUCCACCGUGAUGUGGCCUGAAACCAGCAGAGGGCCAGGAAGGCCCAGGGCUGGGACUCUUGGCCAUGGACUCCCUGUCGUUUAAGCCACAGGGUGAGGGGCCUGCAGCGUCCUCAGAAAAGGGAAGGGUGGCUGGCGCCCAGCCCGCCAGCCCCAGCUCGCCAUCUGCGCUCGCAUGCAGGAGGGAUGGCGCCUCCAUGGCCAGGAGAGGCUGAGCAGUCAAGAGGCUCCUUUGAGCCACCGGAGAAAAAAGAAAACGCACUUGACUCUCUCCCCCCAACCCCCAAGUCCGUGGCUAAAGGUCAGAGACACGUCCCACCAGCUCGUGGUGCAGGAAAAGCAUAGCGGGCACCUGUGGAUCUCCCCCUUCCUGUGGCCCAUCAUGCGCCGCCCCUUCAGUGCUGGAAACCCGUGGAGAGCCGCUGGCUCCUGCCCUCCUCCAAUGGCUCCUGCCCAGGCUUGGCCUUGUGGGCCGGGAAGCAAAAGCGGCUCCUGGCCCUGCCAGUGCUGUAGCUGGGGGGAGCUGUCCAGAGGUGUCGGUGGAGUGCCCAUGGAGGAGGUGCCUGGCGAGAGCUCCUCGCUUAGGCUACAGGAACCAUGGGGGGGGAGGACACUUGUUACCCUGGGGCUGCCUGGCUUCAAGUUCUGCCUCUCGGGGGGGGUGCACCAUUGGAAGGUCCUCUUGGGAUGCGCCUGAGUGGGAGGACUGUGACCCAGAGCAGGAGUCUGCACACAGAGAGAAGGUUUUGGGGGGAGGGGAGUGACCAAAGAUGUUUCACACGUGCUCAGCUGUACUCUUCUCCAGGCAGACUGCAAUUAUUGGGGGGGGGGGGAUAAGCAGAGAACGGGUCCCAAGCAUUACACAAUAUUACAGAACUAAAGCCCAAUUAAUCUGAAUGAGUUCUAAAACAGAAUUUGGAAAGACCUGAAGUUCUGUUGAAGCCAAAAACAAAAAUCCAAGUGGAAACAUCUCAAAAGUUUUUUCAACAGCCUAAAGCAGUUGAACUGAGGUAUUUCAUGGGGGGGGGGGAGAUUAAAUAAGGCACACUUAAAGCAUUGGAAAUUAAUUUUGUUGGAAUUCUAAUAACUGUUUAAAGGCUCAACAACUUGACAGGCUGCAUUUCUCUUUUACUGCUUUACAUUUAAAGGGAGGGAAAGACUAUUAAACACAAACAUUUUAGCAUGAAAAGUGAAUUACAAUAUUGAAACUUGCCAGUGACUGCAACUGCAUCCAUUUGCUAUGUUAUAAAUUACACUGUAUGAAAUAUUUUUAGAAAAGGAAGAAUUUUCACCCCAUAUCAUUGCUGUCCCUAAACACCAGGAAUUGCAGAGAAACAUUUUUGUGUCUUGUUUGACAGCUUCCAGCUCCCCUCCCCCCCAAAAAAUAAAUAAAUUGAGACUUAAUGCUCCUUUGCUCUGAUACAGCAGAGCUAUCCUGGGGCUGAGUUCUGCCUAAAGGCAGCCCUGCUGCCCCACAUCCUGACCCUUCUCUGGCUGGAGCCCCCUUCCCCAUCCAGCAGGCAAUGAGUGGCCGGAUCCAAAGGCCAGCCCCUCCAUCCUCCCCUCUGGCAGGCCUCUGGCUCUCCCUCACUUACGCAAUACCCAAGGGCAGCACCUCAUCUUGCCAGCUGCCGUAGUGCCUCUCCCCUGAAACCUUUGUAGCUGGAGAGGCAAGAGGUGGUUGGGGGUAGCCAGAGUGGCAAGGCCCAAAAGCCAGCAACUGCACACAGGCACCCACAGCUUAAAGCCUCCUCCUGUUGCUCCUAGCUCAAGGGUGGGUCAUGGCCUGAGGGAAGGGUUCCUUCACCCCAGUUACUGCAUCUAAAGCAUCCCCACCAGAGACCAACAUUAGCCCAACGCUCCCUUCCAAACCAAAAUUGAUUAUUUAUCAAAAGUAUUUUCCUACCCUGCCUCAGUCAUGUAACUCCCUGGCAGAAGAACCAUCUGCUGUGUGUCCGUCUCCUUUCCACAAAAACACUUUUGUUCCUUGCCCUGUUCUCUGAGGAGCAUGUCAAGUCCACUUCGUUCUUACAGCCUCCAAAAGCUACACACCCACCCACCGACCUCCCCACCCGCAGUGCAGGCAGUCCAAACUUCCCCUUUAGGCUAGGCCUGCCUACUUCCUUCCACUCUUGCCAAUCUGCAAAUGAAUGCGGACGCCCCUCCCAGACACUCUCUGCCCAGCCCCCCCCCCAGGCUCUGACCUGUUUGCAACUGGCUUUGUUUGCCAUGAGCAUGCCACCCAAAUGCACACGCAGUGGCAGGGUUCAAGGAGGGGGCCCGUACUCAAGGGCCUCCAGCGCUAGAGCCGAAGGGAGAGGUACCACCUCAUGAUCCACCCACAGAGGUUGCCUGGGAGGCUCUCCAAGGACAGUCUUAGUCUUUGCUGCUGCAGCACCUACCUCAGAGCUUGGAGCCACUGAGGUAGCCAUUCUGAGGACCAGGGAGAGCUCCCCAAAUGCAACAGCAACAAAUAAGCUAAACAGGCA